AUGGAUCAGAUCCAAUUGGCAUCGUCUAAUGGAUUUGCUUCCUCUUCUACUUCCAUAACUAGCAAUUCCAACUCCCCUUUACCAUACCCGCGAAUUUCUAGAAAAAAAUUAAGUAAAUUGGACUUUGGAGUCUCAGAUGAUUUGUCCAGUGAAUCUCUGGAACCACACAGUACUCCAAAAGUUUCAAAUGCGCCACUUGCUAAUGUUGAAGGUGACAAAGGACCUACACAUCCACUAAAAUUGAGCAGUUCUAAUGAUCAAAAUGAUUUUCUGGCAAGAGAAGUGUCUCGGCUACCAAGAUCCUUUGAUAUUCUAUCAUUUGAAGAUGAGCUAUCUAAAUUACUAGAAUCAGCCAAUUCGCUUGACCAGGCUCAAAAGAAUGCCAUUCAGGCUAUGUUACAUUCUGUUUUCGAUUUUUUUCAAAUCCCAAUAUCUUUUGACAAGUCUGAUAAUAAUAAUAACAACAAAAAUGAAGUCAGUGCGUCACUAAUAGAUAUCGCUUCAUCCCAAGUUUUCUUCAAGAUACAAGACGUGUUUUUUGCCCUUUCCUCACUUAUUCAACAUCUAGCAACUGCAAGGGGCAAAUCAUCAAUUAAUCUUGGUAUGAGCUCAUCCCCGCAAGUUCAAAAUCCCGCUUCUCUCCACCAUUUUUCGGGCUUGAAAUCGCCCUUAAUUGCAAGCGAUGACGAAAGUUUGGAUAAAUUGUCACCCCUCAACAGCUCUUAUACCAAAAGAAGACCUUCAAAUUCCAGUUUUGGCUCGCCGUUACGAGGAAGAUCCAAGAACCCCAACUCUUUUGGUAAUUUGGUUUCACAUUCUACCGGUAAUGUUAAUUUUGUCAAUGAGUCAAAAGUGCAACAUCUCCAUGAAAGCGCUAUUAGCUCAACAAAACCAAAGGGUAGAUCCUUGUCCCCUAGGGUGCCGUCUAGCUACGAUAUGGUUGUUGAAGAAAGUGAAAAAAGUGAAGAGAGCGAAUUUUCUGAUGAUGAUUUCAUUCAACAACCAACUAUAGGUGAUCAUGGUAACAACUCUACUCUGAGAUUACGGCUGAGAGUAUUUGGUGACAGUCGUCACAGUAGUUUUAAUAAUAGAAGUGUUAGAAAUAGCUCAUUUCUUGGUCAAUCUAAUCACAAUAAUUCAUUAUUAAGUGCUGGUAAUGGGAGCCAAACCAAUAAUUUUGCAUCUGGAAGUUAUUCUUAUAAAAACAACAAUGAGCCAUUCUUGUUACCGGAUCAUGCCAGCGCUUCAUUUAUUUCAUCUAACAACGCUAAUGACUCGAAAAUGUCAUUCCGUGACCAAAUUCAGACUAGUCCAACUUUUGGAUCACAAUCUUUGCAUAAUUAUCAUAAACCACAGAACUUUGGGAAUCGUGCAGCGACCUUGAAUUUAUCUGAGUUUCCCAAUAAUGUUCCUGGUUCACGUACUUCUUUUCCUGGUUUCGCCUAUUCCAAUUCCCAUUCGCAUUCAAUGAGUCGCUCACACCGUCCAAUGUCACAUCAGCCUCAAGAAGAUAUUUCAUAUAUUGAAGGUUUUGAUGAAGUUUUGCCAAGCCAAUUGAAUAGCUCAUCACAGCCAGAAAAAUAUGAUAAUUUAUUCAUUGACAUGAAUAGAAGUUUUGACUAUACUAAAAUUGCACAAUCUCAAUUGCAAAACGCGGUCAUGGGAAAUAGCAGCCGUCAUGGUACUUUUGGUACCAAUCAGGAACAAAUAGAUGUUCAAAACUCUAGUUUCAGUGGCAAUAAUAAUUCAAUUUCGAGUUACUCGCAUCAUAAACAACAACAGCAACAACUCAAGAACAUUGAAGCAUUGGAAAGGCUUAAGUCUCGUGCAACUUCCAGAGCAAAUUCAAGAACCGCAACUUUCACAUCAACGACCUCUAACCCAAUGUCUGUCAAUUCGAGAUCACUAAAUACAUCACAAUCACAGCAUGCUAAUCCUGGCUAUAGCAAUCGUCAUUACAAAUUACCUUCUUCUUCGUCAACUGAAUUCCCAAAUUCUGGGGCUUCUGGCUCGAUGGUGGGUAAUCGCGAACAUGAUAGCAGUUUUUUGGCUCCUAAUCAACAGCUAUAUUCUCAUUUGAGAUUUGCCAAUAGCAAUCCCGCAUUCAAUAAUCAUCCUGAUAAAUCGUGGAAUCACAAUUCAAGUUACAGAGAGAAUUUUGACAAUAUUUAUGAAACCAGUGGUAGUGAAAGUUUGAUUGGUAAUAGUAUUGGACAUCUUUCAAGUGGGAGAGCUCGCCCUCAUUCUGUUUUGUUGACUAAUAUAAUGGGGGGAGGCUCAAAAUAUGGCUCUCGAACAUCAUCUUUCAUAGAAGAUGAUAAUUUUAAGGGACGUCAUUCUUUUGAGGAUAGUGCUGUUGCGGAUAAGAGAAAUAGCUUGAGGUUUUAA